AUGGCCGACGCCUCCGAAUCACUAAGGACGCUCCGAAUAGCCCAUGCUGAAUUACAGAGGCGCUGCCGCAAGCAAGCCAAGCAGCUGAAAGACAAAGACACCGCAUCCGUCGGCAAGAACGCGACCCUCCAGGCCGAGAAUUUGAGCUUGCGGCAGCGCACGAAGCACCUGAGCCAGAAGCUGAAGGCCGUGCAAGAGCACGCCGAGAAGGCACGCCUCACCUACCAGCGCCGGGCGACGGCGGAGGCGGCCGGGAGUGGCGCCGUGCGGGCGGCCGAGGAGUUCUGUCGGAGGGCGGAAGAGGCCGAAGAGCGAACGCGGGAGGCCCUGCAGGAGAACGCGGAGCUACAAAAUCAUGUCAAGCAGUUGAAAUCAGCCUUAACGUUGCAAGGCAAGCAGAUCACGUUCUCCGGGACGGCGCCGCGGACGCCCAAAGACGCUCUCGAGAGUUAUCUCGCCUCGGAGGACGUCCUGGGCGUGGCGAGUCCUUCAGUACAAGCCCGGUCGCCCAAUCUACAUGAUGACUGGCACGCGCUACGACGAAGCGUCGAAGCGGUUGGCCGAGGCGGAACGGACCGCUUCGGACCAAGCGGUCAUGAUCGCCGGGCUCCAACAACAGAUCGCGCGCGACGCCGGGCGGCCGCCGCCAUCACCCUUGCAUUUCGGCCGCCGAGAACCGGAACCUUUUGACACGUUCCCGCCCAUCGAGGCCGCGUCGACGCGCGACGACGAGCCCACGGACUUCGCGUCGACGCGCGACGAGCCUGAUUUCGAGACACCCGCCAAACGCGAGUCCCUGCCGCCCAUCGACGACGCCGCCGCGGAGGUCAAGGCCGAGCUGCGGUUGAUCCGGGAGAGCCAGGAGGCAUUGGUGAGGAGCUUUAGGGAAAGACCGGCGGAACCCGGUGUCGUCGAGAAGGACUCGGCGGCCCUCGCCAAUGCGCGAAAGCGGGCCCAGGACGCCGAGGAGACCCUCGCCAAAGUGCGGGACGAGGCGCGUGCUCUCCGAGACGACCUCGACCAGCGGGAUAAGAUCGUGAGGGAGCUGCGGAACGAAAUCCAAGCUCGCGACGGGCGCGUCGCCGAGCUCGAGACGAAGGCGCGUCGCGUCGUUGUCCUUCGGGGACGUCGAGGCGAAGUUGGAGGCGGCGGCGGCGGCGCGGGCCGACGCCGAGGAACGCGUCAAGGAGGCGACGGCGGCGCGCGACAAGGCCGAGGGGCGGCGCGCCGAGGCGUUCCGGGCGCGCGAGGACGCCGACGCGGCGCGCGAGGCGGCCGAGGUGAAACUCGAGGAGGCCGUGGCAAGGGCGGACGCCGCCGAGGCGCGGCUCGCCGAACGGAGCGCCGCGGGCCGGCCUCCGGUCGAACGGACGCCCGCGCGGCCGACUACCGCGGACCUGCCGCUCUCCGCGGGCUCGCCGCUCUCGCCGGACGCGCCGCCGGCGCUCGCGGCGGGGCCGUUGUCUCCGCGCGACCCGCCGACAUCGAUCUCGCCGCGGCGCGGGGCCCCGACGCCGGCCGCGCCGGCAGCAUCGACCGUCGCGCCGGCAGCAGCAUCGACCGUCGCGGCGGCGGCGCCAUCCGUCGAGGCGUCGAAGCCGGCCGCCGCCGCGCCGCCCGCGGAGGUGUCGCCGGACAAGGCCUCUGUGCUCGCCGUCGCCGCUCGCGUCGACGCGGCCGCGGCCGCGGCGUUCGCGGCCGGCCAGGCGGCCGCAGCCGUUAACCUGAGGCCUCCCGCGCCCGGCGCCGCGCGAGCUGCCGAGGGUGUGGUGGUCGGCGCCCGGGGAGUAAUUUGGGCUCAGGCUAGUUACGUCGCAGGGUCCCCCGUACCCCUCCCGCUCCCCCCGGGCCCACCCGUCCGAUUUGAUCUAGCGGCGUAAGAUACUAGCAAGCAGCUCUGGCAAACUUGACAUUUGCUGUCAGUGCAUCUGUUCGAGCAACUCCCCGCUGAACAGAAGACCGAGAAGGCAUCAUUUGAUUGCUUCCGUCGAUCCCUGUAGCCACUGCAAGCGCCGGGGCACGAGACUACUGAAUCUGAGCCUGCCAGUGCUCAUCUGCUGUCAGGUUGCUGCUUGCCCCAAAUUCACCAUGCGGUGCUUGUUAGGACUCCUCGUAGCCAGCGCGACGGCGCUCCGACCUGUGGCGCGCCGCGCGGCCCUCAAAACUCUGAGCACGCUCGUCGCGCUGCCCACCGCCGCGACCGCCAUUUCAGGAGGCGGCAAGGACUACGCCGAAGCAACCAUAAAAAACCAGAACUUCGACGGCCAGAAGCUCGACAACAAGGACUUUAGCGGCGCGGACGCGGUAGACACGAGCUUCAAGAAGGCGAGCCUCCGCGGCGCGCGCUUCUUCAAAUCCGACUGUGAAAGGGCCGAUUUUACAGGAGCCGACCUCACGGGCGCGUCCUUCGAGAGCGCCAACUUAAAAGAUGCGGUCCUCGCCGGCGCGAAAGCCGAGGGCACGGCGUUCUCGCAGACGAUCUUGGAUGCGAAGUCCUUCGAGGGCGCGGACUUCACGGAGGCGGUGGUCCAGCCCUACGUGCAGAAGGAGCUCUGCAAGCGGGUUUCUGGGAAUACGGCGGAGAGCCUCUUCUGCCCCUGA